AUGCUCAAAACCAAGCCUUCUUCCUCUUCUUUGGCUUCUAAUGUUGGUAGUGGCACUACCGAUCUAAAUAAUAGUAGCACUCUUAGUAUGAAUAAUAGUCAUCAACGGAUUAAACCAGUGACGGCUUUUAAUUCAACUUCAACAAAAUUCUUCUCUGGCUUGUUGUCUGCCAUUCCAAAUCCGAAGAAUAUUACAUCAGCUAUCGGGAAUGAAAUUAGAGAAAUUACGCCACGUAGAAAGAAGGAGAAGAGAGAUGUAAAUAAUCAAAAGCAGGGAAUUUCCUUCUCGGAGUGGCUUAGCUUUAGGAAACCACCUACUAAAAGUGCAACAACAAGUGCAAAAUCAAAUGAUAAUCAAGAAUCUGAAAUUGCUAUUGAUACAAUCAAUUUGGGAGAUUUUUUGAAACAAUUGGAUAAUUUGGAUAAAGAUGAUUCAUUUGAAGAAUUUACAAAAUUUGAAAUGAUGGAAGCACUUAGAAUGUGCGUUCAAUGUAUUUAUAUGCCUUUAUUUCCACAAAUUAAUGUAAAUAGUAAGACUGACAAGUUGGAAAUAUCGAAUGAUAUAGAUUUGGAAUUAUUGAAAAAUACUUUGAAAAUUUCAUUUGCUAAUACAGUUUCGAAUAGUGAAUUUGAUAAGAUUUGGAAAACAGUUGAUACUCAAUAUUUUCCUCAACGAAGUAAAAUUAUGAGAAAUACCAAUGGAAGUGAUUUGGUAAAGAAUGUAAUAUUAUUCAGAAAAUAUAUGGCUGAAAAUGAUUUAAACCCAAUGUAUUAUAAGAAAAUUUUCUCAAAAGAAACUGAAUAUCAGUCUUGGAAAAAAGAUGAACUCAAUCAAAUUUCUUUAAUUUUAAAUUCUAUAGACCAACAGAGAGCUGUUCCAUUUUUGGGAACUUUGAAUUUCAAGUUUAAUAUGGUUACUAUUGAUUUGCAAAAGGCUUUUAAAAAGAUCACCACAAAUCAAGUAAUUUGUUACAAAAUAUGCUAUCUGAAAGAUUCAAAGAGUACACAACAGACCAUUAUAGAAUCUGAAAAAAUUGAUUGUAGUAAAUUUGCUAUGAACAUUAAGAAUGCAAUCGAUAUUGAAAUUCCAGAGACUCUUUCUCAUACCAUUUCGACAUCAUGCGAGGAUCAAGAUAUGUCUAUAGAAUUUUAUUAUUUCCAGCUUGGAGGAUUGAAGAAGAUUCAUUUUGGUACUACAAAGCUACGAAUUUCCUCUAUAAUGACACAAGCUUAUACCUCAAGUGGUGUUUGGGGAAGUGCCCAAAUUUCUGAAACUAUUGAUUUACAUCCACAUCCUCGUGAUUCUAAGAAUGAAAAUGAAGUUAUAGGAUGUAUUUCAGUAUGCAUGAAAGCUACUUUUAGAAGAUAUCCAUGUAAGGUCGAUGUAAUUACUGAUUUUUCUAAGGAGAGUAGAAUUGAUUGGAUUAAAUUGUACAAAUUUACAUUGAAAUCUUUAGUUAAAAAUCGAGAGAAGUUACAAGAUUCUGACUGUGAAGAUUUUAUGUGUCCUAGUCAAGGUUGGAUUUUAAAUGAUUUUGAGAAGAGAUAUGGUAUCACAGAGACAUAUAAGAGAUUGUUAUAUUUGGAAGUGUUUGCAUCCAAUAUUAAGUUGGCAAUCACAUUUUCUGAUGAUUUACAAAAGUGUUUGGAAUUGCUUGAUAACAAUUUACAAAGCAAAUAUUUCCCAAUGACACAAACUGAAAGAAACAGAUAUUUUGACUUGACAGAAACACUUUUGAAAAAGAUUGAGAAAGCUAUGAAACAAUAUAUUACCAUGUUUCCUAAGAACGAACCACAAGGAGCCCUAAAAUCCUUCGUUUUUGUACACAAACUCUUGUGUUGUAAAUAUAAUAACAGAAUUGUUGAAAAGGAGUACAGUAAGAGAUUGAAGAAGAUUAUUAAUGGAGCUUUUCAAACACAUCUAGAUGGAAUUAUUGAGGAGAUUCAAAAUAGUCUUGGAUUUAAAGAUAUGAACGGACCUAUUCUUGUAGAGCUGUGCUCAGAAUUAGUGAAAGUUAUUGAUGAGAUUUUCUAUUUUUCAGGAAUUUUCUCUAUCGACAAUUUUGAAAUGGAGGCACUGACGUUUUAUUACUCUAAUUUGGACAACUAUAUCCAAUACGCUAAGAAGAAUGAUAACAUUAAUGGAUUUUAUAUGCUCACUCUUUGUAACAAGUUGAAACCUCUCCAUGAGGAAAUUAGACACGAUUUUUCAUCUAAGGAACUUUCUAAUUUCAAAUUUAUUGAUGCUAAAUCUAUUAGUGAGGGUUAUUCUGAAAGAUAUAUGACAGAAUUAAGUGAAAUGUUAUCCAAAUGGAUCAAACAAAGUAUUGCAAUUGAUACUUUUGAACCUAUCAAUGAUAGUUGUAUGCAUAGUACCUCAGUGGUAGAUUAUUUUACCUCUGUAAAUCAAAUAUUUGAAUUGUUACAAAAAUUGGAAUUUUCUGAUUCCAAUUUGUAUGUAAGAUUUGCAGAGCUUGUUAUUAGAAUUACCGCAACAGAAUAUGCAAAGAAAGUCUCAGAUCAAUGUUUGGAGGAUGUCAACAGUCUCUCCAACCAAAAUGUUGAUUCAAAACAAAAACAAAGUAACCUUCUCUUUAAUAUGAUUGUUCCAAAGUCUGUAUUUAAAGAUUUGAAGGAUACUCAUAUUUUACCUGUUGCAAUCACCAAACAUUUUGUGAUUAGAUUGAAUGACAUUGAAGCAUGUAGACAAGAGCUUCAAUCUGUUGUAAAGAAUAUAUUUGAUACUUCUUCAUGGGCUGAAUAUGAAGAAACUACGGAAGAAACUGGAUUUGAAGAUUAUGAUAGAGAUGAUAUUGAUUUUGAUGAAGUUGAAAAGAAAUCGAAUCAAAAAUCUAAACAGAUUGAAAAUGAAUAUUCCAAAAAGUCUAACAUGUCAAUUCAAAAAUUCACAAAACAAUUCAAUGAAGUUUUGUUCGAUUUGACAUUAGCAACUGCUAACAUUUUCCAAGCUCCAAUAAGAAAUGCUAUUAAUUACGUUUUACAAAAUGCUAAAAAAGAUCUUGCCAAGAUGAAGAAUUCUACAAGAGUUGAAGUUAAAAAUCUCUUCCAGAGCAAAUCUGAUGCACUUCUAGAUUCAUCACUCUUCAUCCCAAUUUUAACACCUGCUUUGGAAAUUUUGAGUCAAAAUUGUUAUAAGGAUUUAUUCAAGAAGAUUUUGGAAAGAUUAUUCUUGAUAGUAGUAGAGGAAUUGAGUACUUUCCUGUUGGAUCCUGCUAAUUUUACUAGGAAACCUCAAGAUAGAGUUUUUUUGACUGCCCAACAAGCAUAUGUAUUGGAAUCUAUUUUAGAGUUAUUUAUUAUUUACUUUUGUGGAUCUGCUGAGAAGACAGAUGACGAAGAGGAAGAAACUGCUCUUUCACAUGAUUUUGCCAGAACUAAGAGUAAACUUUUAGUCAAGCUUUGUAAACUUUACAAUACCCAAACAGAAAAGCUGGAAGCUCACUUACAAAAACUUGCUUCAAAUACUAAAUUUGCAGAGAAAUAUCCUGUUAAGGCCUAUCACAUAGUUUCCAUACUUUUUACUAGAAAGAAGAAUGAUGAAAAAGCUAGAAAAAUUUAUUCUAAAUAUAAGGAAACUGCAAAGGUUCAAAGAUUAAUUAUCAAAUUCAAUAUUUAUGCUAGAUAUUCCAUUGUUGAAGGAACAGACAAAUUAACUGUCUAUUUAACGUCGACCUGUUAUGAUUCUUCAAAGAUUGCUCCAGGAACUAUUCACAUUGGUGGUGAAUUUUUAUUAUUUGAAUUUAGAUUCUCAAAUGUUUAUCACAGAAUUUCAUUACGCGAUGUUGAAAAGAUUCAUUUAACAGAAGGUUUUAUGAGAAAGGGAGUUUCUAUUCAUUUCAAAAUAUCUGCCAACACUUCUAUCUAUGUUGGCUCCUCAAGUAACAAUCCAAAGAAUAGAGUCAAGUUUUUCUUUUCUGAUGAAUCUUCAAGAAGUGCUUUCAUUGAAUGUUUACAAACUCAAUUCAAAAAUCUUGGAAAUAAUGUGGAAAUAUCAAAGAACAAGGCCACCCCAACACAAAGCACCAAUACACCAAGCAAAUUGAUGAACUUGUUUAAAUUUGGAUCAAAACCAUCAUCUGAACAAACAAAGGGAUUCAUAUCAGCUGCAUCUGAAUCUUCUGAUUCAUUAGCUAGUAAAGGUCCAGAAGAUGAGGAAAAUAGAGAAGAUAUCAUCAAGAGAAAGUUUGAUAUUCCAUUAGAGGAACAAUGCAUUACAUUCUUCUCAUCCAAUGUUAGACAAGAUGAAAACUCUUUCAAAUCUUCCAUAUUUGUAUUUACAAGUAGUUUCUGUUUCUAUGCUGUUCAAGCAACCUUCUAUGAAAAAUUCACAUGGAAUAGAAUUGAGAACAUUGUGCAAACUUCCAACACUUUGAAAAUCUCCAUUAAAGAUUACGGAGAGAUUGAAGUUUGUGAUAUUGAAAAGGAAAAUUGUGAAACAUUCCUUGAUCAAUACAAACACUCAAAGGCCUCUCUCAAACGUCAAGAACCAAAGAAUGAUAAUAUUUCAAAUAUGUUGACACAAGAAGAAGCUCAAACAUACUUCUUCCAAAGAUUCCAAAUUGAUAAGAUUUGUUCAAGAGAAAAGUUAAUUACCUAUUUCCUUCUUUCCACGAAUUCACAAGAACCAACUGGUAUUGCCUUUAUUGGAGAACAAUAUUUUUGUUUCGAAUGGAUGAAACCUCAAAAGAAAGAUACUGUCAUUCCAUUUACCUCAAUCAAAUCUGUGAAAAAAUUACAAAAUGUAGACAAUCAAGAAUCUCCAAUUUUAGGAACACUUUCAAUUUUAACUAGUCAUGGAUUAACAUUUGAAUUACCAAUUAUUCAAAGCAAACUUGAGUUUGAUUCUCUUUACAAUUUAUUGAGAUCAAAGAUUAGAAGAAAUCAAAAUGAAACUUUGAAUCCAUUCUCAAUGGUUAGUUCAGUUAUUGGAAAUGUUGGUAGUACACUUAUCAAUAGUGCUAAAUCUAUAAUAUAAAGAUGUGUAUGACCUUUCGACUUGUACUUUUUUGGCUCGUCCUAAUAAAUAGAUUCG